CAGCAGCUGGCACGCGCCCCCGGUGACGUGAAGCGGAGCGCAACAGAGCAAACGGUUUUUAAACAGUCUCUUGUCCUGCUGCGCGCGCUUAAGGGCUUCUUUUACAAACCUCUUGUCAAAAUGUUUUUCUGCCACAGACGCGACCUCAGCCUCGACUGAACACGCAAUGUAGCGUGCGCGCGCGCCGAACGGAGCUCUGGGGGAUAUUUUACGGGAUCUUGCGGUUCGGGAGCAGCAGAGCGCGCGGUGCUGGUCUGGUGUGCGGGAUUCGGUGACCGCGGAGGCGGACAGGCCACCAUGCACCGGCCGUGGGUUACGCCUUGGAUCACAGCUGUGCUCCUGUGUCGGACGGUGGCACAGUACUCCAGCGACCAGUGUAGCUGGAGAGGAAGUGGUUUGAGCCAUGAGUCUCAUCGCAGAGAUGUGGAGCAGGUCUACCUACGCUGCUCUCAGGGGUCUCUGGAGUGGCUCUACCCCACAGGAGCCAUCAUUGUCAACCUGCGGCCAAACACAGAGCCCUCGUCACAACACAUGGCAGGUCUCCAUGUGUGCAUCAAACCCCACACUUACUCCCAGGGUUCUCAUGUGUAUCUGGAGCAUAGCGGGGAUCUGAGGAUGCUGCUGGCAGAGAAGGACCAGGCUCAGAGCACAGUGCAUUGUUUCAGCCUGGCAGAGGGAGCUCUCUUUGUGGAGGCCGUCCCUCAGACGGACAUCAGCCGGAAGAUCACAGCUUUCCAAUAUGAGCUGGUGUCCAGUCAGGGGCCCGGGGCACAUAUGUACCCAUACCUGCACCCUGGUUUAGUCACCUGUAAACCCUGUUCAGAUGAAGAGGUCCUUAUGGCUGUGUGUACCAGUGACUUUGCUGGCAGUGGCAUCUUUCGAGGUGUGGCAUCAGGUACUAUCGACCAAUCCCCUGCUGUGGUGACUCUGAGUCGGCUGUUUCAUCAGAAGAGCAGAGUGUUUGCUUGGGGUGGAGCCAGAGGGCGGGGUUGGGCUGGACGUAUCAAUGUUCCCGCACAGUGCAGUGUGCAUACUGGAGGGGAUGAGUACCUUUUGACUGGCUCUGUCCAUUUUGGUGAAGCCUGGCUUGGCUGCGCUCCUCGCUACAAGGACUUCCUGAAGCUGUACAUCAGAGCACAGAAAGUGGAAACAAACCCCUGUGAAAUAGACACAGAUUGAGAGAUCUCUUCAUGGUUCUGCAUGAAACAGGGUGGAGUGCUUCUCAAAAAAAAUGUCAGUGAGGAAGACGCGAAGAGGAACAGGCUAAGGCUUGGAACGUUAUCUUUGACUCUGUCAGACAGAUAAAGCAUUGUUAUGGACCCCCCCCAGCCAUCAUUCUUUUUAAUGCUGUGCAAUUUAGUGUUGCCUUGCAGCAGAAAGGACUGUUGCAGUUUGAACAUUUUAGUAGCCAAUGUCCCCAUUUGACUGUACUUGUAUAUUGUGUGUGUGUGUAAAUAUGUUUGUGCAUUAGUGAGACAGCAAAUGAUUGAAUGAUGAGCAUAAAUUAAUUUUGUGCAGAACAGGUUCAAGUUUUUAUUCUCAUGACGAUACCGCUUGUGUGAUCAUUCUUGAAAUGAAUGUUUGCUUUGUAAAAAGCUUUCUGUAAAAUGUAGGAGUCUUCUGACAGAAGUGUACAGUAUGCAGCUCUGUGAGUCUUUAUGUACUAAGUGUGUGAGUGUGUUUUUGCUAAUGAGUUCAGAGGGUCUAUAUAUUUACAAAAAAAUAAAAAGCAAUCCUUCAGCUUCUCUUUCUGUUGAAAGGUA